AACGAGAAAAAGGAAAAGUUUAUAGAGCGUGCAAUUCUACUCUGCCUAUAUGUGAUACAAUUCCUAACAAAUAAAUAUUAUUUUCUGCGGAUAUUGCGAAUCGGAAUAGUGGAAAGUGAUCGCGAAAAUGGCUAGUGAAAUUGGCAGCUUUAAAUACGAAGUUGUUGUAGACGCCUUACCAUAUAUAGAUCAAGGUUACGAUGAUUUGGGUGUUCGAGAAUCCGCUUUAGCUAUGGUGGAAGAAGAAUGUCGCCGUUAUCGUCCGACUAAAAAUUAUUUAGAGCAUUUACCUCCUUUGAAUACGUCCGCGUUCGAAACAAAGCUAAUGUCACAAGAAUUUGAACGCAUACAAAACCGUGUACCUAUGGAGACAUUAAGCAUGAAGCGCUACGAAUUGCCACCACCAUCGACAGGGCGCUCCGAAGUGUCCGCUUGGGAAGAGUCUAUCGAUAAUUCCAAGGCUCAGCUGGAACAUCAAUGGGUACGGGCCAUGAAUCUCGAAUUAAUGCUUGACUAUGGUAUUGAAGCGUGGAAAGCUUACUUGGAAGUAUUUGUGGCUAUGCAGGCGAAAGCCCACACAAAAUUGCAACAUUUAAAAAAGGAAAUACAAGAUGUAAAUUGGCAAAGAAAACAAACUCAGACCCAGGCUGGGGAAAAACUGCGCACGUUGGAAGCCAAUUGGGUGUCUCUGGUAUCGAAAAAUUACGAAAUUGAACAACAAUGCGUAGAAAUGGAAAAACAAAUACAUUUAGCCCGAAGACGGAUAGCUGAGAAAGAAAUUACUCCCGCAAUGAACGGCAGCGAGCAAAUGAACGGUCAUCCGGAAGAGAAUAAUGAAGCUGAAGAAGAAAGUGCGAUGGAACAUGAACCUGAACAGGACAAUGAAGAAAACAUAUCGCCGCCAGUUAGUUAACUUGUAAAGCUUUUACAAUAAAACCACGGUUUUUGCUUUUUUUUUUUUUUUUUGUAAAGUAUCUGAAAUUA